AACCAAAACUCUUAUCACUUUCUAUCUCUUUCAUUUUUAGGGUUUCUCUCAAAAAAACCAAAACGGCAAAACACACAAAACACAAAGAACCCUUUUUUUCGAUCCAUUUUCUCUCAAAAACAACAACAACAACAACAUGGCGACUCAAAUGAGCAAAAAACGAAAGUUUGUGGCUGAUGGAGUGUUCUACGCGGAGCUGAAUGAGGUGUUGACGAGAGAGCUGGCGGAGGAUGGUUACUCGGGCGUCGAAGUUAGGGUUACGCCCAUGCGGACUGAGAUUAUUAUCAGAGCCACUCGUACUCAGAACGUUCUCGGUGAGAAGGGAAGAAGAAUUAGGGAACUCACAUCUCUUGUUCAAAAACGUUUCAAGUUUCCCGAGAACAGUGUUGAGCUUUAUGCUGAGAAAGUGAACAACAGAGGGCUCUGUGCCAUUGCUCAGGCAGAGUCUCUGCGUUACAAGCUUCUAGGAGGGCUUGCUGUCCGGAGGGCUUGCUAUGGUGUUCUUAGAUUCGUUAUGGAGAGUGGUGCAAAAGGAUGUGAGGUUAUAGUUAGUGGUAAGCUCAGGGCUCAGCGUGCCAAAGCUAUGAAGUUCAAGGAUGGUUACAUGAUAUCCUCUGGCCAGCCUGUCAAUGAAUAUAUUGACUCUGCUGUGAGGCAUGUGCUUCUUAGACAGGGUGUUCUUGGUAUCAAGGUGAAGAUAAUGCUCGAUUGGGAUCCUAAGGGCAAGGUAGGUCCCAUAACACCCUUGCCUGAUCUGGUUACCAUACACUCACCCAAGGAGGAAGAGGAAUACAUCUUUACGCCUGCAUUGGCGGCAAGUAACAUAGAGAUUGCAGCAGUUUAAACUAGGUCCCUUCUUGUCCAGUUUGCUUUCACUUUAUAGUGCCUAGGACAACAGAAACUUAAAGAUGCUUGUUAAAUUUUUCACUAGGAAUAGGAUUUGAGUUAUGGUUCCAUCUAGUUCUUCUAUUUUGAGUUGGUGACUUGUGAAGGAUCAUUUUUGUGGACCAUGUUGCCUUUGAUUAACGUAUCAUAGUUGCUAUUUGUUGUGCUGA